AUGCAGCAUCACCCACACAGUCACAUGCGACGAAUACGACAUCUAAAUAUAUUCCUCUUGCUGCUUCUCUACUUGUCGCAAAUCAAAGCGUGGCGACCAUGUCCAGAGCUCAGUCCAGCAUUGCGUUUGCCCUGCAGAUGCAAUGUGGUGCCGUUCGCCUCGACGGGACAGCUCGGCGCGGUGGCAAUGGACUGCGAUCGCGUCGUUUUUCAUGGUGAGGCGCCGCAACUGCCGUAUGGCGCGCCGAUUGUCUCCUACUCGCAGCGCUACAGUGGACAGCAAGUUUUGCCAUCGCAGACUUUUGGCACACUGAAGUUGCCGAUUGAGGAAAUGGAUCUUUCGAACAAUCUCAUACGACGCAUACCCGAGAAGGCAUUCCUCGGCCUCAAGGAAUCACUCACAGAAUUGCGCUUGGCGAAUAAUCUCCUGGGCGACAGUUUGAAUCCGAUAUUUUCCACCGCCGAAUUCCAGCCAUUGAAAAAUCUCAAAACACUCGAUUUAUCGGGCAACAAAAUCAAAUCGAUUGAGGAGGGUCUACUCAAAGGCUGCACCGACCUGAAGGAUUUCUAUUUAGAUCGGAAUUGCUUAUCCGCCGUUCCAUCCAACUCGCUUAAUGGACCCAACGGGCUGCGGCUACUAUCAUUGCGCCACAAUCAUAUAACAACACUCCCUUACGAGGCGUUCAUAGCACAGCCGCAACUGGAAAUUGUGGAUUUGCGCUACAACGAAAUCAAAUCGAUCGAAGGUCUGGCGUUUCAAGGUCUCCGCAUGAUACGCGAAAUUAAAUUGGCCGGAAACCGUAUUACGAAUUUGAAUAGUGACGUUUUCGAGCGUGUGCCCACUUUGCAGAAGUUAGAUCUGUCCGAAAAUUUCAUAGCUCAAUUCCCAAUCGUGGCGUUGGCGGCUAUUGGAAAUCUGAAGUCAUUGAAUUUGUCCUCGAAUAUGUUGCAGCGCUUGGACUACACGCACAUGCAAGUGGUUAAGACUCUGGAAGUGUUGGAUUUGAGCCGCAACGGCAUUACGACAAUACCACCGGGUACUUUCCGCGAUUUGGCGGCGCUUAAAUACUUAGAUUUGAGUUUGAACUCACUGCGAACAAUUGAAGACGACGCGCUGGAGGGUUUGGAUAAUCUGCAAACUCUCAUCAUACGCGACAACAAUAUCUUACUCAUACCAGGCAGCGCUUUGGGUCGCCUGCCGAGCUUGACCACAUUACAUUUGGACUUUAAUCGGGUCGCCGCUUUAUCAACGGAGAUUUUGGGCUCUAUACAAGCAGAGGACAUCACUUCAUUGACACUCGCACGUAAUGUGAUACGCGAGCUGCCGCCUGGCAGUUUCCAAACGUUUGCCAAUCUACGCACACUCGAUCUCUCUGGCAACUCGCUGGCCGUAAUUAGUGCUGACAUAUUCCUUGGCUUGGAUCAGUCACUUAAUGAAUUGAAACUCUCACAUAAUCGUAUUACCGGCUUGGGCACUGCGCCGCUUGCCUUGACCGAAUUGCGUAGUCUCGAUUUGAGCGGCAACAAUCUCGCUGAUCUGCCGCGCAAUAUAUUCCAGGAUUUAGAGAAUUUGCAGUAUCUUAAUCUUAGUGGUAAUCACCAUUUAGCGCCCGUACCAGCAGCGCUUAUACGACCACUCGCACGCUUACAAGUCAUCGACUUGAGCCAUUGUGCGCUGAAGCAGAUGUCCGGUGAUCUUUUCGCAACAUUGCAGGACCUAAAACACAUUUAUCUGAACAAUAAUAAUUUACAAGAGAUUAACGACGGUAGUUUUGUUGAUUUAUGGAACAUCUCAUCAAUAGAUUUGUCUGAGAAUCAAAUCACCUCUAUACGGCCAGGCGCUUUCGUCAACAUAAUGCACGUCAGGCGUCUUAAUUUGCGCGGCAAUCAGCUGUCCGCUUUUAAGGGUGAGUUCUUCAACACAGGCACCAGCUUGGAGGAGCUGGACAUCUCAAACAAUCACCUCAGCUACCUAUUUCCCUCUUCAUUUCGCAUACAUCCCCGUCUGCGUGAAAUCAAAGCGGCUAAUAACAAAUUCAGCUUCUUCCCCGCCGAGCUCAUUUCGACGCUGCAAUAUCUAGAAUAUGUGGACCUCUCGCACAAUCAACUCAAAUCGAUUGAAGAGUUGGAUUUUGCGCGCUUACCACGCCUGCGCGCACUGCUUGUCGCUCACAACCAAUUGGAUAUGCUCAGCGAGAUGGCUUUCCACAACUCGACUCAACUGCAGACAGUCGAUUUGUCGUACAAUCACUUGGACCGCAUUGGAGAGCGUACAUUUGAAGGUUUGGUACGCUUGGAAAUGCUCAAUUUAGAAGGCAAUCAACUGACCGAGCUUUCUGAUUUGAUAUUUGAACGCUCCAAGCUGCAAAUGUUGGAGAAUAUAAAUUUGGCGCAAAAUAAAUUCGAAUAUGCGCCACUCAAUGCGCUGCAGCGUCAGUACUUCUUUGUCUCCUCGGUGAACUUGAGUCGCAAUAAAAUACGCGCCAUACCUGCGGAUGAUAGCAUUAUGGUGAAUAUCAAGGAUCUAGAUCUCUCAUACAAUCCUCUGAGCGAAGGUGCAGUGCGCAACAUACUCAACGAACCGAAGACGGUGCGCGCGCUCAAUUUAGCCGGGACGGGCAUUGUGCAUCUAGAGCCACUAGAGACACCGUUUCUGCAGUAUUUGAAUCUCUCCGAAAAUAACCUUAAAUCUAUUGAUGCUGACGUAUUUCAGCGCACAACUCUACUUGAGACUUUAGAUCUAUCCAGUAAUCAUUUGGAGAGUCUAAGCGAUCUUGCUGCCGCCUGGCCAAAACUGCAGUCCCUAAACACUUUGGACCUCUCCAACAAUAGUUUUGAGGUAAUCUCACAGGAAAAUUUCGAAAAUUUGGAAAUGCUACGCGUUUUGCGACUCAAGAGUCUGCCUAAUGUCAAUCGCAUCGAGAAGAACGCUUUCAGACAUAUGCCUAAUUUGGAAAAACUCGAGGCAUACGACCUACCCUUGUUGGGCUACCUCGAUUUGCAGGGCAUACUGGAGUUGUUACCCGGACUGGAGGAUAUAGAUUUCGAGGUGAAAGACGCCUCAAUAGGUACAGAGCAAAUACAGCCCGCUAAGCAUCCGAGACUCAAAUCGAUAGGCAUACGUGGUGAUCGUCUUAAGACGAUCUCCUCUGGCACAUUAGCCGGUUUAAAGAGUAGCGACCUCACCAUAAAACUACAGAAUACGUCACUUACAUCGCUGCCACCUGCCCUACUCUUCCCUGUGCCACGCUCCUCCCACCUAACACUGGAUAUUACAGGUUCUAAAGUCACUGUGUUGGUACCACAAUUUCUUACUGCGCUAGAGGACCGACGUUCCAGCAUGCAAUUGAAGGGUCUCGCCACAAAUCCUAUACACUGCGACUGCAAUGCGCGCGCACUUCGACGCUGGCUGCCCAAUUCGCAUAUGUCCGAUGUCGAAUGUCAGUCCCCAGCUUUCCUUGCCGGCAAGAAACUAAUCGAAGUUGGUGAUGAUGAGCUGACAUGCGAUCCACGCCGCAUGACUACUACUACCGCUCGCAGCACCUCACAAUAUAUGCUUAAGUCCUCUUCCCGCCUCGUGACACGUCCCACACCUACCACUACUGAGGAACCCAUGAUCAUCUGGAGUUUAGAGCCGACACAAGCACCACCCAUGAAGAUCAAAACCAAGGCACCGCUCAUGAAGGCGCCCAUUAUGAGUAACGAUGAUACGCUAAUCAUAGGUAUUGUAGGCGGUGUAGUCGCCUUCAUUGCCAUUCUCAUCAUCAUAAUUUGCAUUGUACGGCUACGUAUGAGCAAUGUGGACUACCACAAUGGACCAGCUAUGAUCGGUAUACCACCAAUGCCAAUGGGUCCGGGAAAUAUGCCGAUGAACUUCAAGGGCGCACCUACAGCUCUCUACGCUGUACCGCCGUAUGCUACACAAAACUACGCCACAUUGCCACACAAAACGUCCUCCAUACAUCAAUCCACACAAAAUCUAUCGCAGCGCGGCGCUACACAAAAUGGACAAAACUCUUAUUCCACUAUGUCGCGCAUGUCGUACUUUGGCGGUACACAGCAGCAAGCCUCGCCACAGUCCAAUGGCCAACAACCGUAUAUUAUCUAUUCAGAUGACAAAGUGUACAGAUAAGACCGUAUGGAUGGAUGGAUGGGUGAAGUAGGCUCACUGUGGCGGUGCGUGUAACAAAUCAUUUUAGUGUUCAAUACAAGCUGGGCGGCCGAAGGCCUUCCGGUGAGGGCCGUAAUGGCCGUCGUUGGCUCACACAAUUACAAGCCUUAUACAUACAUACAAACACUUUCAGUCAGUUGUGUAACAUUUACGCAACGUGUUUAUUCUUUUGUGUUGAAUUUUUUAAUAUUUUUUUUUUAUUUUUUAUUUUAUCGAUUCAGAAAACCAUCUUAGUGUAGCCAAGUUUUGAACUUGGCGCUUAGUGUUAAAUAUAAAUAUUUUAAAAUUAUACAUAGCUCAAGUGUCUUACAAAUCAUUUUAAAGGCAGUAUGUAAGUGUGGGUUCCGUGGAAAACGAGACUACAAAAAAUUAUUUCAUUCAUUUUAUGCUCAAUCAGAUAAAACUGCAUCAUUCAAAGUAUGGUCAUCUCUAAAAAAAUGUUUCUUCUCUGCCCUCGAUCCAAUCAUUCUUCGAUUUCUUCAAACGACUCGAACCGUUUACCCGGAAAAUCGUUUUGUAUUCGUCGGAAAGCCCGUACUCGGAAGAAGCAAGGUUUGGAGAAUACGGCGGGUAGAGACAUCCAACCCCACUCUCCCUCUGGUCCAACCCUGUCGAAAUAACAUGUUUCUUGGACCUCCCAUUAGAUUACCUCGGUGACUUAGAUUGAUUAAACCUGUCCCCAAGCGGAGCUAGUGAAUAGCUACAACAACAAUAAUAACAACGGCGGGUGCAAUAAGACCACCCGUUAAGGCGUUUCAAGGUGGCUUUCAGUCGUUUAUGGACGAUUUUACGCAAUCCACGUCUCAAACGCUAACAUAUCGUAUCAAUGGUUUCGCCUAGUUGGUAGAGAGCUAGUUCCAGUAAAUCCUCCACUACCCCAUUUUCAAUCCUUUUGGAUUGUCCUGAAAGAUCUUUGCCUUCGACGCUGAAAUCACCACUUUAGAAGCGUCGAAACUACUCUCUGCUUGACUUAUCGGUCGGCACAGAUUCACCAUAAACCCCCACAACCAUUCUUCCCAUUAAAAUUGAAAAUAAAAUUAAAACGGACCGAAUUAAUUUGUACCCCCAACAUUUUACCGAGUAGUAGAAAUCUCUCGCAGCCGAGCAAAAUGACUAGGGUCAGCGAUGUUUAGAACAGUGGAAUUAAAAACUUCUUUUCCAAU